AUGGCUGUAAGAGGAAUGUUAACAAUAUGCCUAUUUACUGUUGGCUUGAUGUACUGGGCCAAUGCCGAGGAAACUGCCGCAGCAGGGGGCCCAUUCCCGCCUUGCAGGGACGCAACAACGUGCACGUGUGAACCCGUCAUCAAUGUCACCCCACAACAAAUGGGUUAUUGCGAUUGUAAGAAUCUCACAAAUUGGCUAUCCAAUACGACGUCUGGGCUGUCAGAGGCAGAAGAAGAUAUUGCAGAGUUGGCAACAGAUAUCGAGAAUUUAAAAGGAACUGUCGAUGUGCUAAAAGCGGAUAGUCACAAGGCAGAGGCUGACAGCCACGAUGAGUCGGACUACAUGAACUACUACGACGAGAUCGCACAGGCAACUUGUACAGCCAUGAAUACAGUUAGGGGAUGGACCUUUGCUGUUCGUAGAACCUGUGCUACAAAUGGUCGAACAUGCAAAACGAUUUGCGCAGAUCGGCAAUUGAGAGCCCAGUAUCCGGGUGUGGUAGCUUCGAGACCAAUGGCGUGCUUCAAUUCUUUACAUGUUAACUCGAACCAACCAAAGUUAGCCAAGGGACGUGCGGGGGAUGAAAAGUUAGGAUUGACGAUUCACAAGUACAAUAGUUGUGAAAACGAUUACUGUGGCCCAAACUACUGCUGUUGUAAAACAGACAAUUAGCCGUGAAACCGGACACCACUUUACUUUCUAAUAAUGAAUUAAAGUUAGGUACGUUAGAGCCAGGAUUCGUUUUGGCCUGAACAAUAAUGACUCUAAAUACAGGCUUUGGAAUUC